AUGUCCCAGGGAUGUACAAUUUCUGUGGAGGAGAUCCAGUCUUGGUGGGAAGUCCCCGCCAUAGCCCACUUCUGUUCACUCUUUAGGACGGCAUUCAACUUACCGGACUUUGAAAUUGAGGAGUUGGAGCAAGCACUACUGAAACAGGACCGUGACUUCCUGGCGGAACUACUCUCCUCUUUACUCCAGGGAUGCUACCAGCGCAGAGAUAUCACGCCUCAGACCUUCAGCAGCUACCUGGAGGACAUCAUCAAUUACCGCUGGGAGCUGGAGGAGGGCAAGCCCAACCCUCUUCACCAGGGCCCCUUCCAGGAGCUGCCUCCACGCACACAAGUGGAACUCCUGCACAGGCUGUGUGACUAUCGUUUGGAUGCAGCUGACGUCUUCGACCUGCUCAAGGGACUGGAUGCCGAUAGUUUGCGGGUGGAGCCGCUGGGGCAGGAUGGGAACGGAGCUCUUUACUGGUACUUUUAUGGUACGCGGAUGUACAAGGAGGAGCCCAUCAGGAAAAAGACCACAGAAGUCAGUGACACCACUGAGAGUAAAGUACCUGAGAAAAGGAGGAGAGGGAGGCCACCGAAAAAGAAGAAACUGGAUGAGAGUCCACCAAGUGAGGCUGAGACUAUGAAAACAGAAGACAAUGGGUUAGAAGACCAACUCUCAAUCAAAAGGCCAGAGCAUGGGGCCUGGUCACUUGUCUGUGACACGGAGGAGCAGUGGGCCAACUUGGCCGACAGCAUUAAAGACAAGACCACCCCGCAAGAUCGUCACCUCUACCGCAUCAUCAGCCAGAACUUCCUGCCUGAGAUCAGAAGCAUGAUCGAACACAAGGAGAAAGAGCAGAGGCAGAAACUGUUGAACCCUCCGGUACGCAGUUCACACCGCCUCUCUGAGAAGCAAAACAACAAGGAGGAGGAGACCCUGAAGGCCAUCGCUGAGGUGGAGAAACAGAAACAGAGGGAUGAAGAGAAGGACAGACAGGCUCUGCUUGCGGAGCAACGUAAAGAAGAGGAGAGAAUGCUCCAGGAGGAACGCGAACACGAGGAGCUGGAGAGAGUCAAAGCUGUCGAGGAGCGUGCCCGACGGAGGCAGCAGCGCGAGGAGAAGGCCUGGUUACUCUCCCAGGGGAAAGCCCUACCCCCUGAGUUGCUUCAUCUGGAACCCCACUCACCCAUCCGACGAGCCCGCAGGAUCAAGGAGUUCUACGAAAUUGAUGAUGACUACAUUGCCUUGUACAAAGUCUUAGAAGCUCUCAAGUCUCAUAAAGAUGCCUGGCCAUUCAUGGAGCCUGUGGAUGAGUCCUAUGCCCCUAAUUACCAUGAGAUCAUCCAGACUCCAAUGGAUCUAUCCACGAUCGAGAGGAAGCUGAACAAUGGAGAAUACCUAGCCAAGGACGAGUUUAUCGCAGAUGUGAAGCUCAUGUUUGAGAACUGCCUUGAGUACAAUGGAGAGGAAAGCGAGUACACAGUAAUGGCUGAAUCCCUGGAGCGCUGCUUCAGCAGAGCGCUUUUGAAACAUUUCCCCUCCGAGGACGGAGACACGGACGAGGAAUUUCACGUGAGGAGCGAUGACCGAGAGCGCAAGGAGAAGAAGAAAAGCAAGAACUACAAACAGUCGGGGCCUGAAAGUCUGAUCAGAGCAGCAGAGCAGGUCCAGAAACGCAAAAGUCAAAACACUGGUAAUGGAAGUAGCCCUCCCAAAGAAGACAGGUACAAAUCUGCGCCUCUACCACCCUCUUCACACUGGGCCAACGGACCUUCACACCCUCAGAAUGUCCACUCAGGCCAGCCUCAUCCUGGAAAAGACAUGCGACCUGGCCUGUAUCACUCUGCACAACAGCGGCCUGUAGGCCAACCUGGUCCACCCAUGUAUCCACCUAGAAUGAUGAUGGAUCCUCGAUUUCCAUACCCCGGACAGAGACCACUCAUGCCAAGACCCCCAGGGGAAUAUGGCCCUCAGCGCAUGCACCCUAAUUUCAACAUGCAGGGCCCUUACAUUGAUGGUCAGCAUCUGGGCCCCAGAUACCCAAUGGGACCUGAGUCUCGGCCGCUUCAACCACAGCAUCAGCAGCAUCCGUACAUGGGGCCCACUCAUGGCCCUUCCCUGGGCCCAAGACCUGUGGCCCUGCAGUCUGGUGGCCUCUGCACCCCACCAGGUGCGGAAGGUAAUAUGUAUCCUUCCCGCCAAGGCCCUGGCGGUCAGCCCACCCAUGGUAUGGGGAGUAGAUACCCAGGGCCUUGUGUUCCACCUCAGCACAACACAUUUACUCCCUUCUGCCCUCCUGGUAUGAGGAUGCCAAACAUGUGGUCAGGCAUGAACCAUCCAAACCAGCCCCAGCCCAGUGGGUCCAUGAUGCCAGACCAGAAUGUGGGGAACCUGCAUUCAUAUAACCACAGCAUGGUGCGUCCCACACACCACACAGGGUAUCCCUCUGUGAAUGGCCAAUACAGGAUGCCCGCUCCUUCAGUCAGCUCUCCUGGACCUGCUGGAAACCGACCACCCGUGCCGCCUCAAGAUUCACGCCCACAUCUGUCAUCCAUGCUGGACAGCCCAGAAAUGAUUGCCCUACAGCAGUUGUCUGCCUCCUCUCGCCAGCAUAGCACCAAUCUCCAGCCUACUUCUCAGAGUGCUGCCAAUCCUCCCGCUCAGGCUUCUGCAACUGAAGUCCAGUGUCCUCCUAGAGACAGUGCAGCAGAUGGAAAGGCCUCCCAGCAACCUGCUGAACUGCUUCACAAAGGGAUGAUGUCAGAGCCCAAAUUAACAAAUAAACAGACAACACAGGUAGUAACUGGCACAGCUGUGUCAGAUUGUCCUCCGCACCUUGACCCAGCAGAACAACCCAACCAGCCAAAGGGAUCCAGGGACUCGCCAAACACAGGGAGAUGCAAUCAGACAGAAGACAAUGCUGGACAAACUCUCAAUCAAAAAACAGCCCAAAACACCAUCCAGGAUGUGUCUCAAAAUUCCCCUCCAAAAUACUCUCCGAAUGUAUCUGAACAGUUCCUCCAGACUUCCCCUCAGCAAACACCUCCGAAUGCCCACCAAAAGUCUCAGGUUGCACCUCAACAAGCAACCCUUGGUGUUCAUCAGUUACCUCAAAAUGUACCUCAAAAAAUGCCUCCUAAUUUACAGCAAACACUUCAGAAUGUCCCCCAACAAAUGCCCCAGAGUGUCCCUCCCCAGAUGACUCAAAAUGUUCCUCAACAGUUACCCCAUGGUGGAUCCCCACAGUACUCCCAGAAUGGAGCACUGCAGAUGCCCCGCAGUGCCUCUCACCGAGGCUUACAGCCAGGUCCUUCACAUGGCAUGCCACAGAUAGGACUUCAGGGCGCCCAGUCUGGUGCUCAACAGCCUGCCCCUCUUACGGCCCUUCCUCCAAGCCACCCUGUAUCCCAGCUGGUCGCACAGCCAAGUCCAGCCGAUCAUGGAGAUCAGAGGCCCAGUGAACCAACAAAAAGGAAGGAAUCUGGAGGUGCCUCUGGACCUUCAGAAAAUGCCAAUAUUGGCACAAAGUCUAGUUCGUCUAACAGCCUGUACAAAAUGCAGCCCUUUAGCCCAGGUCCGCAAACACAACUUGGUAGCCAGAACAGACAGGGACCAGCGCCUCCCCACGGUCAAGCACCACCUGCUCACUCUCAGGCUCAUGAGAAUAACAACAUGGUUCAGUACAGCAUGAGUGGCCCAACAAAUCCAAGCUAUGGCCAAAACAUGGGUAGACCAAUGCCUCCUUCGAAUCGCCAGAAUUACCCAAACCAUGCUCCUCCUCAGACUAUGAGCACACACCAGAAUCCUGCUCACUAUCCUCCUUACCCUCAGCAAGGUCCGUACGCAUACCGCAUGCCGUCACAGCAUCCUCAAAGCCAUGGUAGCAUGUACCCCCAAUAUCAGCAGCAACACUACCACCCACAACAACAGGGAAGCAGCAGGCCUGGCUUCCCUCCAGAGGAGUGGCCCAGACCUCAGUACCAGCCUUAUCCCAUACCACCCGCUUCCUACGCACCAUCAUCAAGUGCUAAUGUGAACGGCCGACAGAAAGACAGUGCUAUGUCUCCAGUGGGAUCCGAGGGCUCGGGCAGUGGCAUAAUGUCUCCAAGCCCACUGCCUGACGGAGCCCGUAGCGGUGCUGUGGAAAAUCUUGAAGUGGGCAGUCCAACCAAGCAUGCCAGAACAGAGGAGAGCUCGGAGCGACCGGAGAGCCCCAAAGACAUCCUGGACUUGGACAGCCACAACGCUGCAGCGCGACACCGAGGUGUACCCCGACCGCCGCAGCAACAUAACUUCCUGUAUGACCCUCGCGCAGUGCAUCCUGGCAUGCAGCAGGGUGGUGUUCCUCCACCCCACAUGAUGCCCCGCGGCCCUUACUCCCCACACCAGUAUCCGAGUGGACACUAUGCCCCUCAGCGCCCCCAUCCCCACCCACACCUGAUGGAGGCCUUGCAGCGGCCUCAGCAUCUACCCUUUAGUCCAGGUCAAAAGCGAAUGGCAGUGUACAGUCACCCCCACACUGGAGGUCAUUUCCAAGGAAUGAUGGUCCCACAGAGAGGCAUUGUUCCUGAACACUUACUUCUUGCUGGGCAACAGAUGAUGGGCACAGCAUCUCCUAGUGGUCCUAGUAGUAAGCAAGGGGUCUGAAAUCUGAGUAAAGAAAAAAUCCAGCAAGUAUGAGCAAAGCCCUGCCUAUGUCUCCAUAUUAGAAAAAUCUGCCUUUUCUUGGCAUGG